UCUUGCUUCGAUUUUCGUCAUAAAAAAAUAUUAGAUCUACAUAUUGAAAUUAUUCUAUUAAUAAGUGAGAAAUGUCAUGAAAUAGUUUUACUCUCUCCGAUUUACGCUUUUUAUAUAUUAGAAUCCGUCUAAACAUGAAAAGGAAGCUGAAUAAUUACAGUGCAAAUGGGAACUGCCACAAUAACAGUCAAACACAGAAUGAAGAAUCCAUUAUUGUGACUGAAGGUGAAACCGAUGAUGCUGUAAAGAAAGCAAAUCAAAAUGACAACAACGCGGACAAUGAUGAAAUGAAAAGUAACAACAAAGAAUCUCUAAGUCUAAGUCAUCAAUUAAAUUUACAGCUGACAAGGUAUGUCGUGGCUUUGCGUCCAUGGUCGUUUACAGCUUCAUUUACACCUGUUGCAUUGGGAUGUACUCUUGCUUACAAGACAACAGGAGACUUUCAUCCCGCCAUAUUCAUCUACAGUUUAAUAACAGCAUUGUCGGUUCAUGCUGCUGGUAAUCUAGUCAACACAUAUUUUGAUUACUUUCAUGGCAUCGAUAGUAAGAAAAGUGAUGACAGAACUUUAGUUGAUAAAAUCCUUUCCCCGCAAGAUGUUGCUUGGUUGGGUGGUGUUCUGUAUGUUAUUGGAUGCCUAGGAUUCCUGUGUUUAACAUUUGUAUCUCCUGCUAAAAUGGAACAUUUGGCCCUGAUUUAUUUUGGUGGUUUAUCUGGAAGCUUUCUCUACACUGGUGGUCUUGGAUUGAAAUACAUUGCAUUGGGUGACCUCCUAAUCUUCCUCACCUUCGGACCAGUUACCAUCAUGUUCUCGUUUUUAUGUCAAACAGGACGAUUAUCAUUGAUCUGUAUUCUAUAUGCCAUUCCAUUAGCGUUAAAUACAGAAGCUAUUUUACACAGUAACAAUACCCGUGAUAUGGAUUGUGACAGUAAAGCUGGUAUUGUUACUCUUGCCAUUCUCUUAGGACACACAGGAUCAUAUCUCUUAUUUACCCUUCUUAUAUUCACCCCUUACAUAAUUUUUAUUUUAAUGGCUCUACAUUAUACUAAGUGGAUGUUUAUUCCUGCUAGUUCAAUGUUUUUAGCUUUUAGAUAUGAGAAGGAUUUUCGAAGAGGAGAUUUAAAAAAUCUGCCUCGAGAAUUAGCCAAGUUAAAUUUAUUAAUGGGAUUACUUUAUGUAGUGGCUUGUUUGUGUGCAGACAGUAACAAUCUUCCUAAAUUACUGUAAAAAAUAAAAUAGCUGUAUUGUUUUUAAUACCUGUAAAUUAUUUGGGGGGAAUGCCAAAGGGGUUACUCCAAAAACAAAUUGAAAAAAAAAAAAAAAAUGUGUUGAAUUUUUCAAUUGAGUUGAAAA